CUGGCUGGCUGACCUUCUCACGGUGUGGUUCCCCACACAAUUAACAGUUGGUUUUGUUGUUGUUAAUGAAAGUGUUGCCUUUCAUUCAAGGGAGCAAAAAUGUAAUAACACUGCCAAUGUUUUCUUGUUCCUCUGCCUUCAUCAUAGCAUUCAUGAUCAUCACUGACCUACUUCUGUAUUUACAGAGGAAGAUGUCUUCAGCCCCCCUUCUCCCUCAAAAGCAGUUCUACUGCUCCAUCUGUCAGCAGGUCUUUACGGAUCCAGUCACCACACCCUGCGGUCAUAACUUCUGCCUCGCCUGCAUUAGCAGCACAUGGAACAGUAAAGAUGUUCACCAAUGUCCCACAUGUCUAAAAAUUUUCCCCACCCAGCCGGAGAUGAACGUCAACAUAGCUUUCAAAGAGCUGGCGGACACCUUCAAAAUGGUGACCAUCAGUGUAUCCACACUGCCCGAGGCAGCACAAGGCGAAGUGCUGUGUGACGUGUGCACUGCUGCCUCCCUGCCUGUUGGCGCCGCCAAGUCCUGCUUGGUGUGUCUCACCUCAUACUGUGACGCUCACCUGGAUGCUCACCGGAAAGUGGCCACACUGAAGAUGCAUCGGCUGAUGCGGCCUGUGAAGGACCUGCAGCACAGGAUGUGCGAAAAGCACACUAAACUGCUGGAGAUGUUCUGCAGGGACGAGCAGACGUGCAUUUGCCAGUUUUGCGCUGACACAGAGCACAAAGACCACCAGGCUGUCAAAAUAGAGGAGGAGAGUGAAAACAGAAAGGAGAAGAUUGCAGAGAUGGAGUCUGAAUAUGGGCAGAUGAUCCAGGAAAGAGAGAAAAAAGUUGAAGAAAUCAAACGUAAUCUGGAGCUCAGUAAUCUGAGCGCCGAGCAGGAAAUACAGAAAAGUGACGAGGUUUUUGCAUCCAUUGCUCACUCAGUGGCUGAGAAGAAGCGGGAAGUAGCCACUGAGAUCAGGGAGAAGCAGAAAGCAACUGAGAGGAGAGCAGUCCUGCUCACUGGGGAGCUGCAGAAGGAGAUGGAGGAGCUGCUGAAGAUCAAAGCUGAGCUGGAAGAGCUGCAGAUCACUGACGACCACCUUCACCUCCUCCAGGUUCUCAGCCGAGUGCCCUCUCUGAUGUCACCUCCACCCACCAAAGAUUGGACGGAGAUCAGUGUGAACUCACAGCUUUGCGUUGGGACAGUGAGGAGGGGGCUGUCCUACCUGUCAGACCACUUGAAGCAUGAGCUGGACUGUAUGAAGAAAGAAGAGAUGAAGAGGAUGCGAAUGUAUGCAGUUGAUGUGGUUCUGGAUCCGGACACGGCUCAUCCAAAUAUUGUCCUGACGGCUGAUCAAAAGCAGGCGGGCCGUGGCGAGCUGCUGCAGAUUGUUCCUGACAAACCUCAACGCUUUGAUCCAGUCAUCUGUGUCUUAGGGACAAAGGGCUUCUUGUCAGGGAGGUUUUACUUCCAGGUGGAUGUAGGAACGAAGACCUUCUGGGACCUCGGCGUGGUCAAAGAGUCGGUGAACAGAAAAGGAAUGAUCACUUCCACACCUGAGAAUGGCUUCUGGACAGUGCGACUGAGAAACAGUGAUGAGUACCGGGCCCUGGACUCACCGUCAGUCCUCCUGUCGCUCAGACAGAAGCCGAAAAUUGUCGGGGUUUUUACAGACUAUGAAAAGGGAACAGUAACGUUUGUUGAUGUGGAUGCUGAGACGCACAUACACACCUUCCACGAGUGUUUGUUCUCUGAGAGGGUUUUCCCAUUUUUCAGCCCUGGGGUUUGUGAUGAGGGUAAGAACACAGACCCACUGAUCAUCAGAGAUGUAAAGCCUUAAAUGUCAUACAACUGGAAAUGAUAAGUAAAACCCGAGUGGCAAGUGGAAUAAGUGCACUUGGGAAGGAACACAGGACACCACAAUUUAGGUUGUUUAUCAAUUGACAUGCAAAAUAUUAAUACAAGACGCAUCUAUUAAACUACAGCCUCAUUUAAAGACGUGUGUCUCCCGAGAGCAGAAUGAGUGGAUCAGUGGGCUAAACGGAAACAGAGCGCAGGGUGAAUAACUAGCAACGCCACAUAGCUAUGACGAUGAGAAUUAAAUACUAUUUUCACAAAAACCCACGGCAAAAUAAGUAGACAGUUUAGGACCGACAUCACACAAAGAAUAAAAACAGACGUCGGCAUCUGUCCCUUUGUAGGUGGCAAAAACCAAAUAAACUAAUAUAACUAAUCUAAUAAAAACUAUGAUCACUAUUUUUACACCAGUUUUCCAAACCAGAUAUUUGAUUUAAUUUAACACUUGAUUCAUGCAAAGAUGCAAAUGAACAAACUGAUCAGAGAUUAAAAAAUGAUCUGAGAUGUAGGUGCUGCUCACUCCACAUUUUCACACAUUAAAUGAAUAAAACGUUGACAUUACAUUUGAUGCUGUGCUACUUCUCCAUUGUGACCAAAUAGGAUAGAAGUCAGUGAUGGUAGAAAGUGGUUGUAAAAAUGCACAUAAUGUUUUUCUAUAAAGGUCCAGAAAGGUAGAAACCAGGUUCCAUUAUACUCUAACUCAGGGUUAUCAAACUGAUCCACAAAGACACAGCAGUGGUUUUUGGUCCAACCCUGCAGGCGCAUAUGAGUUAACCAAUCAGGUGUCAGUUGAAAGAAACGCCACCUGACUGACAAUCCACGGAUUACAGAGUCAAGACACCUGAUUGAUGGGGCCUCCUCUCAGUUGGCUGAAAAUAAAAAC